AGUCGCGCGAGCCGCCUCAUCACAUCACUCGCGAUCAGUUCGCGUACGGCCGCCGCGGCGUGAGGACGUGUUUUUGGCACGCGUGGAAGAAAAAAGAACGAUUCAUCCCCUUGGUCCAUCCCGCCUAAUCGUUCGCUCGUCCUCCCCGUUCCCACUUUGAUUUGCCCGCGCGAAUGCCAGCUGAUCCCCAGUCAUGAUCCGCACCGAGACACGAUACCUCCUGCCGAGAAUUCUUCUAUCAUGCGUCCUCGUGGUCGCGGCGUACGCCAGAUCCUGGGACUUGGCCGUGGUAAUCGGCAGCGAAAUCGACUUUUUCGUGCGGAACGGUUCGCGCACGGGUCACGCUAACAUCGCAGAAGCUGUCGCCCUGACCGGAGUAACAUACGAUGAUACCACUCGAACGAUGUAUUUGUCUGACUUAAGGAACAACGUGUCCAUAUUCAGUAACGAUCUCACGGAAAAAAAUUUCACUUCAACCCCCUUACUUAAGAAAGAGAACGGAAUGCACAUCAUGGGGAUCGUUUUCGACACCUCGUCGCGAACUUUAUUCUGGGUCGAUACCUUGAAGGAGAUCAUUGGCAAGAUGGAGGUGCCGUUAAACGACGAACCAAGUAAUCCUAUCAUUUUGCACAAUCUCACUGGAAAUAGUCCAUGUGGCAUCGCUCUCGAUGUGUGUAACAGCUUCAUAUACUGGGCGAAUAGCAACACUACGAAUCCCAGUAUCGAGCGUUCUAAUCUCGACGGGAGCGAUCGGACAAUCGUCGUCAAGGAAAAUUUGUAUGAACCCCUGGCCGUGGCAAUCGAUCACGCGCAGCAAAAGUUAUAUUGGAUCGAUGACGUCGAGGGAAUUCAUUUCAAGAUUGAGCGCAGCAACUUAGACGGCAGCGAGCGGGAAUUGCUGGUCCUCAACAAGCACCAGCAGCCGAUCUACCUCGCGGUGGACAACGAAUCGGUGUACUGGUCCGAUUGGGUGCACAGAGCGGUCUGGAGCAUGCCGAAGAACGUCAAAGUCGGAGAUUACCCGACCAAGUUCAAAUCGUACUACGAGUCUAAGAAGGAUGCCAAUCCGGCCGGCAUCGUUACGCGGGACAACGUCGGCAAGAUUGAUUGCGCGGCAGUCUUCUCGAUGUUAGAGAAAAGGAGGAAUUUGUCGGAGCCCGUUUCACGACCGUCAGCCGAGACAUUCAAUAAUUUAACUACCAGCACGGAGGAAUCGGAUUUGACCACCGAGAGCUCCAAAAACUGCCUAAACAAUGGCCAUCUGAACAAAACAGACGGCACGUGUCGAUGCAAACCAGGGUUCAUCGGACCCUUUUGUGAAAUUUCGAUUUGUCACAAUUACUGCCUUCACGGUAAAUGCAUUAUAAAUCAGCGCGGACUUCCCGAAUGCGAGUGUACGGACACAUUUAGCGGCACUCGAUGCGAGAAGGACGUUUGCGACGAUUACUGCCUAUUCGACGGCCAGUGUUCCGUCCAAAAUGGAAGGCCGUUCUGUAGCUGUAAAUAUUCCAAAGGGACUCGAUGCGAAGAGUUGAACGACAUCGCGCAAAUUUGCACCAAUUAUUGCGCGAGCAAUCGCAGCGAAUCACCCAAUAUUAGUGUGGUGUUGUGCAGGUGUACGGACUCUAAUCAAACGGCCGAAAGACUUACGUUCAAUGACAAUUUCCAAAGUGACAUCUUGCUACCAAUAUUUGCAGCCCUCACUGCUACGUUUCUUCUAGUGAUUGCUGGACUUAGUUACUAUGUGAAUAAAUUACGAAGGCGACCGCGUAUCAAGAGACAUUAUGUGGUCAGUAAAGGCGUGAUGCCGCUCACAUCUCGACCACAAAUGCCGGACAAUCAGUGCGAAAUUACCAUAGAAAAUUGCUGCAACAUGAAUAUCUGCGAAACUCCGUGUUUCGAACCGAAAUUACGAACCGGGAUGCCAACAUGCAAUAGUACGAAAAAAGAAGAGAAGAAUUCCUUGUUGGAUAAUAUGGAGGGUAAUUUGUGCUAGCACAGACUACUCGUCUCGUCUCGUCGUAUGAAAUGGCGAAAAUUCUGCACGAGCUCUGCGCCGCGUCGGAGAAUGCGUUGUAUUCGUGGGGAUUGUUCCAUACUGUCUGUACAUACUGCGGCGGCGAAUUUAAGUAUUGUUGUUAAGUUUGUAAACAUCCAUGUUUACGAGAUACGCGCUGUGUCGGCAAUUGAUUUUGCUCCAUCGUGAAACAUGAAGCCAAAGGUCUUUUUUAGAAAGUCCUAUAUUUCUUAGUACGUCAUACGCGCUAGGGCUGUGUUUUAGAAUCAUUUUCUCGCUUAAGUAGUUAAACUCAUCAUUUGAUCUUGUUAGACGCUUGUCCUAGAAGAUACGAAACGCGAACUGGUUUUGUUUUGCCAAAUCUAUCAGAUGCAAACGCUCGUGACUGCGCACAAACAACAUUGACAUUUUAGAUAAACGACGCGAGGUAUGUAUUUAUGGAGAUUUUAUAUAAUGGAGGAUUAAAAUAAUAAUAUUACCAAUAUGAUGAGAUACAAUAUUUCUCCAUUAUUAAUAUCUGCAUAACAUAUAUAUAUAUAUAUAUAAUGAUAGUAAAAUCAUAUUUAUUUUUAAAAUAUUAUUGCAGACGAUUUUUAAGUAACAAACAUUUCAAUAAUGAGAUACAUAACAAGUAACGCUAUAUAUAUAUAUAUAUAUAUAUAUAUAUAUAUAUACAAUAUAUAUAUCUGUAGUUUCGUAAAACUGUAACUCGUCAAGAAAAAAAAAGGCACACAUAUACCUACAGGAAUCUAUUCGAGCAAACAAAAGACAUGUACACAAUAUACUUACGAAUCUUUUUCAAUAAUGCAUCAAUAGGUACCUGCCAAACAACAUAACUCAGGCUCUAAUAUGAAAAUUUUUACAUUUUCACAUUUUAUUCUGUUCAUUUCUCUUAUACAAUCAAGACGAGGACUCUGAGCUGAAACAAAUUGAAAAAAGCAAAACAAAGAAAAGGAAAAAGUAUAGUUAUCGCAGUCACGGGGUGCAUAAAAGUUGCCUUAAGCGAUAAUUCUAAUCGUUGCUCAAAGUACUAUGGAGUACAUUCCUGAAUUAAGAAAAUUUAGAUCGCGAUGUGGCGCGUCACAAAGAUAAAUAGUUUUCUUAUAACAUUUUCUGACUGAGCCAUCCGUCAUCAGGCUUUACAUAAGUAUGUUUAUGUGUAACGGGACUAUAUCAUUAAUUUAAUCAUUAUAUCAGGACGUAAUUUGAUGUAAUUCCAUCGUCAUUCUUGUAGUCUUAUUUUGGCGCACACACUUUCAUAAUAAUAUAAUCGCGCGAAGGCUUUUAUAUCUUAGCAAAAGCUUCUAAUUCCAUUCUUCAAUUAACGAAUUCUCAUACUUAAUUAUAUCCUAUCAUAUUUCAUUUCUCUUCUCAUACUGUGAGUACAAUACAUGCAUAUAACGUUCAUGAAAAACUCGAGUUGGAUUGUGCUUUUAUGCACCGAAAUAUCUUGAAUGUGAAUCCGUACCGUAAUCGGACAUUAGUUGUCUUAAUCUAACUCGAGGAUCGUUAUCACUAAACAUUCAUAAUAGUGAUAUGUAAAAUUUAUAUCGCAUGUCUCUAGGCAACUAAAUACAUAAUAUAUGUAUACACAUGCUACAUUAUGAGAUGUAUACUAUAGAUAAAAUAGGGAAAAACAUUCAGAGUUAUAUACAACGGAUAUGAAUGAUCCUCACACUGUUAAAUACCGAAAUAUAUAUAGAUAUAUAUCUCCCAGUGAUACAUUACACUGCAGAUCUGUGCAUAUUAUGCAAGAAGUUUCCGAUGUAUUUAUAUAUACCAAUAAUGUCCGUGAUCUCGGUUCAUCUAUUUUUGAGGAUCAUCCAUUUUUAAACAUAGAAUAUUGUUUGAAGAUACCUGUAGCGUUUAUAUUGCAGAACAAUACUUUGUUUACUUAAUUUCAAAAACUUUUGUUCUGUGCAACGCAAAGCCAAUUUUUAAGUCUUCUUCUUUUCUUCCAAUUUUUUAUUCCAUACCAAAACAUUUUAUUGAAUUUUUUAUUGUAUUCAAUUAUAAUAAUGCGCAUAUAAAGUGACAUGCGAUAUGAGAAUAGUGUACUUGUAUACGUUAAAAAUGAAUUUUAUUUUUUGUUAUUCUGUUCGUAAGGCAGAUAAUCCUAAAUUUUAUUUUUAAAAUGUCUAUAUCUGAAGAAAUCGAUCAUAACAGUAAUUAGCGGUAACUUAAAAAGUUACUUAAAGCGUAUAAUUUUUAUGCACACAAUUAUUUUUUUUUUUUUAAUAGUAGUAAUAACAAGAGUACAAUUAUUGGUUUACUAGAAUUGUCACAUCGAAUUAAGUUAUAUAAUUAAGACAGAUUAUACAAAGCAUUAUAUAUAGAAAGAAACCUAUUUUAAUUCUAACCACGUCAUAAAGCGGCAAACCAAUGAUUACCGUGUUGUUCAUUAAUAUUGUUUAUAGAAUUUAUGUUAUUCUUUAAUAAUACGGAAUAAUGUUCCUGUCGUCGUGACAACACAAAUUAUUCGCAAUACAUGACGAUACUUUCUGUUCCUGUAUACGAUAGAUGCUACUUAAAUUGUCAACUUUUGCUUUUUAAAUCUAAUGUAUAAUUUUAUAUACGAAGGAUUUGCGACAUAUUUGUCCCCGAUUAUUAUUAUUAAUAUUAUUAUAUAUCUAUAUAUACAUAUUAAAUAUAAAUAUAAUAUAUAUUUAUAUGUAUAUAUAUGAAAGAGUUGCGCGAUACGUACCGACAUGUUGUGUUUGGAAGGUAGCCCUCUCCCGCACACUCAUCCUCAGAGAAGGGAUAGUGGAUUUAUGGUGAAAGGGUUAUAUUCCUGAAAAAAAAACUAAAACCAUAAUGAUGCACGGUAUGCAAUACGUUUUUAUUAUUAUUUGUAUCUUGUUAUAAAUUAAGAUAUAAAUUUUGCUACUUUAUUUUUUUUCAAAGCAAUUUUUUUAUAUAGAAAUUCAAAAAUUUACUGUGUUUAUCUUAACUAUGUACUUAAACACCCUAAAUUGUACUUAAAUUGUGUGAUUAAAUAAUUAGAUUCUUUAACAUUAUUAAAUAUGAUUUCAAGAACACAACAUAUUACAUACUUUGCAUCUCUUUACAAUGAUUAUAACGCUGGUUGCUAUAUUGUAUACAGAUAAAAUUGAAAAUAAAAUGGAUUAUCUCUUA